AAGCACCCUAGCUACUAGACGGAAUUUGGGUAUAUUAUUCAAGAUCCCAUUGGUCAUCAACUGCAUGAAGGGUAUUUUGCAUGCACAGAGAAAAAUAAAUGCUAUUUGCAUAAGUAAAGAUGACAGACAAGAUGAAUCGGCCAUCACAAGCGAAUAUGCAGAAGUCCAAAUUCAUGAACUCAUUAGACGUAUGCGGGAAAGGACCAGACAUUACAAAGAAAAACUGGCUGACACCGAUAUUUCAUCUGCCGAACCAAGCCCCACUACAACUCCUGUGAAACAUAAGCCUCCUCAGCCUCCACCACCUGCAAAGAAGGAAGAGAGUGAAACGCAGAAAGAAAGACAAGUAGACGGACAGCCUGAACAAGAGGAAGAACAUUACUGCGACAUGCUGUGCUGCAAAUUUAAGAGGCCUUCCUUCAAAAAACGGCUCCAGAUCCCUUACUCUAUUGAUGGCUAUACAGAUCCUUUUUAUGUGGCUUGGUUAUUCCUCAUCGCUCUAUCAUUCAACUGGAACUGCUGGUUUAUUCCACUGCGUUGUGUCUUCCCAUUCCAAACAUCUCACAACCUGUUGUACUGGAUGGCAGUUGACUAUAUCUGUGACACAUUGUAUCUUCUGGAUAUGUUUGUAUUUCAACCAAGACUUCAGUUUAUAAAAGGCGGUGACAUAAUAACAGACAGGAAAUUAACAAGAAAAAACUACUGGGACUCAACAAAGUUUCGGUUUGACGUGGCAUCUGUCAUACCAUUUGAUCUUCUGUACACAGUCGUUGGAAUCAAGCCAUUAUUAAGGAUAAAUCGAAUUUUAAAGUACUGUACAUUCUUUGAAUUUAAUGAUCGACUGGAAGCAUUCCUGGAGAAGGCAUACAUCUAUAGAGUAAUUCGAACAACUGGAUAUCUUCUGUUUAUUCUCCACAUUAAUGCAUGCAUUUACUACUGGGCCUCCACAUACGAAGGACUUGGUAGCACUAAGUGGGUUUAUGAUGGAAAUGGAAAUAUGUACCUGAGAUCCUACUAUUUUGCUGUCCGCACCUUGAUCACCAUAGGCGGACUUCCUGAACCUCAAACGUUAUUUGAAAUACUGUUCCAGCUAUUGAAUUAUUUUACAGGUGUCUUUGUAUUCUCAAGUUUAAUUGGACAGAUGCGUGAUGUCAUUGGAGCAGCAACUGCAGGGCAAAGCUAUUAUCGGGCCUGCGUAGAUAAAACCAUCUCCUACAUGAAUACAUACAAAAUACCUAAACUUGUACAAAAUCGGGUGCGAACCUGGUAUGAAUAUACAUGGGACUCACAAGGAAUGUUAGAUGAAUCAGAACUGCUAGAGGAAAUGCCAACAAAAAUGCAACUGGCUAUUGCUAUUGAUGUAAACCUUGCCAUUGUUAACAAUGUGGAAUUGUUCAAAGGUUGUGAUGCUCAAAUGAUUCAUGACCUACUGCUGAGGUUGCAGUCCAUUGUCUAUUUACCUGGUGAUUUUGUCUGCAAGAAAGGAGAAAUUGGAAGAGAGAUGUACAUCAUCAAGCAAGGAGCAGUUCAAGUGCUAGGUGGUCCUGACGACAAGACUGUGUUGGUUACACUCAAGGCUGGAGCUGUCUUUGGGGAGAUUAGUCUUCUAUCCACUGGAGGAGGGAACAGACGCACUGCUAAUGUGGUUGCUCAUGGCUUUGCAAAUCUCUUCAUUUUGGAUAAAAAGAAUCUCAGUGAAAUAUUGGUGCAUUAUCCAGAUUCAAAUAAACUUCUCAUGAAGAAAGCCAAGAAAUUAAUAAAGGAGAAGGGGAAGCCAACAAAACCCACUGUUAUUAAAAAAGGGUUUGGCCAUCUGAUACCCCCUAAGCAAGAUACUCCUCGUCUCUUUAAAACUUUAAUGGAUGCUGUUUCUAACAAGCCUGGAUUUAAUCUUUUACGGAAAGGGAAAACUCAACAGCCUUCAAAGGUUAGGAAGCUACAGCUUAGCAGGAUUUUGCAAUUGAAGGAUGAAAUUUCACAAUUACAGUCUGGAGGGGAAAAGGAAAAUGCUAAAGAUGCUAAAGAUCUCGAAGAGGAGCAGACUAAUAAGGAGACAAGCUCUUUGCCAAGGAAGGAGGACAGGUCAAAUGAUCAAGUACCAGGGACUUCAUCCAAAACAAAUACCCAUCAAGAAAACAAGAACGAGUCCUAUAUUAUAACCAUGUCACCUUCUGCUACAUUUGGAGAAGGAGAGGUCCUUACUGUGGAGAUUAGAGAAAAUAAAAAAUAAAGGUGUUUUGGAUUGACAAUGCUGUAAUGUACAAUUGCAAAAUACUUAUUUAUAUGAAGGAGAUUGCAGUAUUUUUAGCAUAUUCUACAGAAAAUGUCUAUUUGUAAUUACAAAAUAAUUUGGUGAUCACUCACAUUUUCCUCAACCACUUGAUA